GACCAGGUCGGUCCAGGAUUUGAUUAGAGAGAGAAGACUGGAAAGAUCGAAGCAGUUUGGGAAGAGGAAGGCGUCACACACAGUAAUUGCGACUCUCUGAAGUCUGAAUCCGCUUUGACCAAUAAUCACGCCCUCUUCGAUCCACGAUGCCUUCUCGAAGAAGAACCCUCUUGAAGGUCAUCAUUCUCGGUGAUAGCGGAGUGGGGAAGACAUCUUUGAUGAAUCAAUAUGUAAAUAAGAAGUUUAGUAAUCAGUACAAGGCAACCAUUGGUGCAGACUUUUUAACCAAAGAAGUGCAGUUUGAAGAUAGGCUUUUCACCUUACAGAUUUGGGAUACAGCUGGUCAGGAAAGAUUCCAAAGCCUAGGAGUUGCUUUUUAUCGUGGUGCUGAUUGCUGUGUUCUUGUAUAUGAUGUAAAUUCAAUGAAAUCGUUUGAAAACCUCAACAACUGGAGAGAGGAAUUUCUGAUUCAGGCAAGCCCCUCGGAUCCUGAGAAUUUCCCAUUUGUUGUUAUAGGAAACAAGAUAGAUGUGGAAGGAGGAAACAAUAGAGUGGUUUCAGAGAAGAAAGCUCGAGCUUGGUGUGCAUCAAAAGGAAAUAUCCCGUAUUUCGAGACAUCAGCCAAGGAAGGCAUUAAUGUAGAAGAAGCAUUCCAAUGCAUAGCGAAGGAUGCCUUGAAAAAUGGUGAAGAGGAAGAAAUAUAUCUGCCAGACACAAUUGAUGUUGCAACCAACACUCAGCAGCGUUCGACAGGAUGUGAGUGCUAAACAUAUUGCUUUUUCUUGACCAUAAAAAUAAAGUACAUUACUUGAAACUGGUCUGUUCAGCCAUUGCUGGCCAUGAGGCUUCAUUGUACACUAGUGUCUGCUUAAAGUUUAAAUUCUCUAGUGGUAUUCGUUGGGUGCUUGUCUUCUUUACGUUCCCGUUAGAUGAGCUUGUUCAUGCUGUCUUUGGUAUUCGAAUAUUGUCAAAUAAAAGCUAUGAGAUAAUUCUGAAGUCACUUGUUCUGCUAAGUUUUUAAAA